GAAGAGACGAAGGGUUGGUGUUGAGGAACCUUCCCAUUUCCCAUUUCCCAUUUGCCCUUUAACCUUUCUGUUUCCGCGUCAACCCUCACAAUUUUCCUAAUUUUCUUUCUUCAUUUUUUUUUUGAUCUGAUUUUGAUCUAGUCCUCAUGGCGACCACCGGAAACAAAAACAUCAAUGCCAAAUUGGUGUUGCUUGGAGAUGUUGGAGCUGGAAAGUCUAGUCUUGUGUUGCGCUUUGUUAAAGGGCAAUUUGUUGAAUUUCAGGAAUCAACUAUAGGCGCUGCCUUUUUCUCACAAACAUUGGCUGUAAAUGAUGCCACUGUAAAGUUUGAGAUUUGGGAUACAGCAGGUCAAGAGAGGUACCAUAGCUUGGCACCAAUGUACUACAGAGGAGCUGCUGCAGCCAUUAUUGUCUAUGAUAUAACAAAUCAGGCCUCAUUUGAGCGGGCUAAGAAAUGGGUCCAAGAGCUUCAAGCACAAGGCAAUCCAAAUAUGGUUAUGGCUCUUGCUGGGAACAAAGCUGAUUUGCUGGAUGCAAGGAAGGUCACAGUGGAGGAUGCACAAGUUUAUGCUCAAGAGAAUGGACUUUUCUUUAUGGAAACCUCUGCAAAAACAGCAUCUAAUGUCAAUGACAUUUUCUAUGAAAUUGCUAAGAGACUACCUCGAGUGCAGCCAGCACCAAACCCGUCAGGAAUGGUUCUCAUGGAUAGACCCACCGAAAGGACAGUAACUACAUCGUGUUGCUCUUAGGUACUUAGGUGGUGGUGACCGCUGCCCACCUACUUGUAUCUUCUACAUAGCUCCUAUAAUGCUUGCUAGAAUUCAAAGUCUCUUCUCUGUCCAAGUUUCCUUCAUGUAUUAUUCAUUUGAAAACCAAACUGUACAUGCAUGCCUUGUCCGGAUGCGCUCGUGUUGUCCUGUUACUGGAAUUGAGGAUUGCUUCUGUUUUAAAAAUACAUUGGUUUGAAUGUAAAUAAAUGUGUUAUUAUUACUUAUGCC